UAAUGUGGCACUUUUGUAUUGACCUUAGAAAUUGAAAAUUACUACCAUCUUCUCUUUGUACCAUAAAGUUCCAAAAUUGAAUUUAACCUCUUCCCCAUUUUCAAACCAACAACAUUCCAAGUCUUUAGAGAGAGAAAAGCAAGAAAGAACCAAAUUUUUUAAAAAAUAAAAGAAAAAGAGAAAGAAAAAGAAAAAGAAAAAGAAUGAAAGAGAGAGUAACUAGUUAAGUACUACUACUCCAUAAGGUAAGCAAAUCUCCAUCCUUUCCUUUCUUCUUCUUUCUCUCUCUCUCUCUUCUCCCUGGUGUGUUUUGUGUGAAUGAAUGUUUAAGAAUUUUGAAUCCGUUUGACUAGUUUUCCGCUUUUUAAAAAAAACCCACCACUCUUAAAACCAAAAUCAAAAUUAAAAAAAUGAGAGUCAGAAAUACUACUACUACUACACAGAAGACAACAACAACAACAAUACAGAAGAAGAAAAACUGAGAGAGUAAAGAGUAAAGAGUAAGAGAGAGAAAGACGUCGUCGUCGUCGUCGGAGAGAGAGAGUCAAAUGUGAUGGGAAGUGGUUUCUCUCACCUCAUUCCAUGUCUGAAACCUGACAACUACCAUCAUAAAACAAGCAACGACGCUAACAACACUAGCAACAACAACCACAACAACAACCACGACUCGGUUGUUUUUACAGCUGAACAACCACUUGACGAAACCCUAGGACACUCUUUCUGUUACGUUCGUUCAUCAGCUCGUUUUCUCUCUCCUACUUCUUCCGAUCAUUUUCUCUCUCCUUCUCAUUCUCUUCGUUUUGACGACAGAUCCGACCUUACUAGACCGCCGGUUCAAACCGGGUUACCUGAAACCGGUUUUCGGACCAUUUCUGGUGCUUACGUUUCUGCAAAUACUUCAACGCCGAGGACGGUUGAGGUUGACUCUGCGGAUUACGGGGCUUGUUCAAUUGUAAACGGGUUUGAUUGUACGGCGUCGUUUGCUGCUCUUCCUUUACAGCCGGUUCCUAGAGGGGAUAACUCUGGUUUUUUUCUAUCCGGUCCGAUCGAGCGUGGUGCGUUGUCUGGACCGCUUGAUUCGGGUUCGGGUCCAGAUACGGGUCGGGUACCGUUUUCAGCGCCGCUUGGUGGGGCCUACAGGAAGAAGAAGAGGAAGAAGAGUUUUAAGAAGUUGUAUAGAAGCUUCUCUGAGAAGAAACGGCAGUGGGUUGUGCCGGUAGUCGGUAGGAAAGAGAGUAGUGAGGAGGAGAUUGGAAGGAGGAGAGAGAGAGAGGUGGAAGAUGACGUGGAGGGUAGUAAUGUAAAUGUACAGUGGGCGUUAGGGAAGGCAGGGGAAGAUCGAGUACAUGUGGUUGUAUCGGAAGAACAUGGCUGGUUGUUUGUUGGGAUUUAUGAUGGGUUUAAUGGCCCUGAUGCUCCUGAGUUUUUGAUGGGUCAUUUGUACCGGGCGCUUUUUGGGGAGCUUAAAGGAUUGUUUUGGGAUAAUGAGGAUAGUGAUGGUCUUGUUUUGGGACAGCAACAACAAGGGGAGAAUUCGUGCCCGGAAAUUCCGGGUGAGAUUGUGUAUGCGGUUGAUGAUACGGAGGGAGUUUGUGCUGGUGCCGGUACCGCCAGUGAGGAAUGUACUAGUGCUGGUGCUGGGGCGGUGAAGAGGGUUACGUUUGAGGCAGGGUUGGAUAAGAAGGAGAUUGUUAGGAGGAAGCUGUGGGAGUUCCUUGCAGAGGAUGAGGCGGAAGAUGGACUUGAUCUGUCUGGGUCGGAUAGGUUUGCGUUUUCGGUGGAUGAUGCUGUUAGUGUUAGCAAUGCAGGGUCUGCUGUGAGUAGGAGGUCGUUGUUGUUAUCGAAAUUGAAGCAAGGGUUAAGUAGGAGUAAGGAUGGGCAUAGUAGAGGGUUGUUUCAGUGGAGAUUUGGGGAAGAGGAGAAGGAUAAAGUAGAUGAUGCAUUUGAGAAUAGAGUUGAGGAGAGAUCAUGCAGGAGUGGUCGUAAGAGAAAGACGGGUCCUGUGGAUCACGAGUCAGUUUUGAGGGCAUUGUCGAUGGCAUUGGAGAAGACGGAGGGAGCUUACUUGGAUUUGACUGAUAAAGUGAUUGAUCGGUAUCCAGAGCUUGCAUUGAUGGGUUCUUGUUUGUUGGUUGUUUUGAUGAGGGAUGAGGAUGUGUAUGUGAUGAAUUUAGGGGAUAGCCGUGCUAUUGUUGCACAAUUGGAACCCCAGGAGAGUUGUUCUAGUGGGGGGUCAAAGGAUAAGGCAGAAUGUGGGUCUAGUACACAAGGCAUUGUCGAGGAAUGUACAGCUAGUGGUGAAAACCCGAGCAGUGUGGCCGAUGAGCUCCCAUUGGAAGCCAUGAAGCUAACUGCAUUGCAGCUCUCGACAGACCAUAGUACUAGUGUUCAAGAAGAAGUGUUGAGAAUUAAGCGUGAGCAUCCAGAUGAUAACCACUGCAUUGUCAAUGAUAGAGUAAAAGGUCGUCUUAAGGUUACUAGAGCAUUUGGAGCUGGGUUUCUCAAACAACCCAAGUUUAAUGAUUCACUAUUGGAGAUGUUCAGGAAUGAAUUCAUUGGUAAUGCACCAUAUGUAUCAUGUAUUCCUUCUAUUCGUCACCACAAACUUGGACGAAGAGAUCAGUUUUUGGUGCUCUCAUCAGAUGGUUUGUACCAGUAUCUCAGCAAUCAGGAAGUGGUUUCUUUUGUAGAAAAUUUCUUGGAGAAAUACCCAGAUGGAGAUCCAGCACAACAUCUAAUAGAAGAGCUUCUACACCGAGCUGCUAAAAAAGCAGGUAUGGAUUUUCAUGACUUGUUGGAUAUCCCACAAGGUGAUCGCCGGAAGUACCAUGAUGAUGUCACUGUCAUGGUGGUAUCUCUUGAAGGGAGAAUAUGGAAGUCUUCAGGAAAGUACCCCUAAAACAUGUUCAUAUGAAAAGAAAAUUAUGGCUCUUCCUGGUAUCGCAGAAGCGAAUAUGGUUCCAACGAGAACUACUGGAUGGAUACCAAGCAAUCUUAGCAUUGGGUCAGGUGCCUCAAAAUGAAUCUAGACCCACUUCUCUCGGGUCCCAAAAUUAGACCUAGAAGUUAGAGACAUACUGUGUUGUAAGGGGAGAAGCAAUUGGAGAACGACUGUAAAAAAGUACCCCAGUUGGCAGAGUUUGAGGAAGGAGAAAAAGAUGGGGAAAAUGUGGGUUGGGAUUGUUGGGAAUUUAGAGGAAAAGGGUGUGUACUCUUUUCUAUUUUUCUUCUCUCCAUUGGGGAUUUUGCGUAGGUAGAGUAGGUAGAGGCUCUUCAAUUCAUUUUUGGUUGUUUUUUUUGUUUUUAUUUUUUGCCUUUUUUUUUGUUUUAGAGCCAAAAAAAUUGGGGGGGUGGGAGGGUAUAAGGGUGACCAGGAAAAAAAAGAAAAAGGAAAAAGGUGUAGCUUUAUUUGUUGGGGGGUAAAAGGUUACAGAAUCUGUAAUUUCAGGAGGUGAAAUUUCAAUCAAUGCAGUUGACAGCUGAAAUUUAUACAUGGAUCUUGUUCAUGUUUGAUAGCCUAAUGCACUUUGGGUCACUCAUUUUUCCGAGUAAAAAAGAUGCACUCAUAUUGUACA